AUGCAAUGCAUGUUAGCCCACAAUAAACGCCGGAUGAAUUUCCAAACAGAUUGCGCUCAGUUGGUGAAGAUGGUGUCCAAACCUGCAGAGUGGCCAGUGUUUGCGAUUUUGCUAGAAGAAGUGGAGAAAUGCAGAAGGAUGUUCCAGGCGUUCUCCCUCACACACAUUCCCAGGAAAAAAAACACGAAGGCAGACAAGUUAGCACGGAGUGCUCGAGAUCAGCCUCAUGAUGUGUACUACAUAAACUCAGUUCCACCAGUUUCGCUUCUUGAAGCGAUCUAG